AUGGCGAAGACUAUUCCUUGCACUGUCUAUGCGCUGACAAAGACGAAUGCUAUGUUCGCAGGUCUGAAGCACUGUGCCACAGCCAAAUAUGGCACCACGGGCUUCAGUGUCUAUACGCUCCUCAAUCUGAUGGAGUCCUGCUCACUCGACCUGAGCGAGUUCAAGAAGCAGGUCAAACUCCACAUUCCCAGCCUGAGCGACGAGGAGACAGUCUUCCCGUAUAAGAGACUGGAGAAUGUGGCCAGGCGAGUUGGGCGACAGAGCCUGAACAGGAUCGAGAAACUGAUAGGCAAGUACCACAACGCUGACAUCUACCCGGCUUCGUGGUGGAGAGACCCGAAGACCCUGUUGCAAGGGCCUCGCCACAAGAAAGGCCAACAGUGCAUGAGUUCAGCGACUGAACAGGAACUCUUUGUCGCGAGAGUCCUGAGAGAGGCUGAACUUGCCUUCCAAGUGAUCCUUUCAGAGCCUGAGAAGGCGUCGCCACUUGCAAUCCGCAAGGCCUGGGACAAGGUGGAUAUCCCUGUGGCUCGACGCACACUGCUGAGAGAGUCGGCUGGCAAGUUUCACAAGCUCUUCGAACGGAGUUCUGGUUUGCAGUGGUCGCCUGCGGAGACUGAACACCUUGUCGAAGCCUUUGCCAAUGGCUCCGAGCCUGAAGUGGGCCCACCCGAGAAAUGGGUCGUCGUGCGACAGUUGGUCAAAAAGCGCAAGCACGAGCAGCAGGCAAGUGAGCUAGCCAGCCUGAAGGUCCAGCGGGAAGCUCUUGAGGCAAAGCUCACAGAGUCACAGGAGAACAGCAUGCAGCAAGCAGCUACGCACCUGGCCAUGCUGAAGACCGUCCUGAUGGAGACUUGGGAGCAAACCAAAGAGCAGACGGGGGUGCUCGUCCAAGAGGCCUUGCAGAAGCUGUCCCAGUCAACGCAGCGCUUGCAGAACAGCAUCCAGUCUGAGGUGGAUGGCCGGUACUCUGUGAUGGAGAUCAGGAAAACGGCGACUGACCUGCCAGCACAAUGGCAGAAACUCAUUCGCGACACCAGCUCCAAAGUCAUGAUGUUC